GUUCACCCACAAGGUUGGUGCAUUGUCUCCAGAAAUUCAUCUCUGGAUGAGGAGUCAGAGGUUAUACGGCGUCGAAUGGCCGCCCGACAUACAGACAGUGUCGCAAGCCAGACUGCUCUCAGAAUCAGAAAUGUUCAACCCAGACUUAUCUUUUAUUCUCAAGAGCCGAACGUUGGACGCGGUUUCAUCAAAGAACAAAGUUUUAGCUCAGAUGGUAGAGUCAUUGCGUCUCCUUUUGGUAACUGUGUUAGAUUGUUAGCGUUUAAUAGUCAGUGUUCGGAACUUUGUGACUGUGUUCCCAUGAGACCAAGAGCUUUGGCUCAAGUGGGAUUAACAGUGAACCAGAAGAGCAGUGUAUUGGCCAGCACAUUCUCCCCACACCACUGCAUGUUUGUUGCUGGUGCUCGGGACGGUAGUAUCUCAUUCUGCUCACCGAAGUUGUAA